UUGAAAGGUUUUUUGCCGGUUGUUUUCCUGGAUAUUAUUUCCCGUACAGCAAUACAGACUACAUAACCUAUGUAGAAAAGAAGACAACGAUGGCUUUACAGCAAGAGUCUGGCAUAGUAAGGCCAUUUAUUCGUGGAAACAUUGGCAGACGUACUGGUCGUCCCGUGUUGAAGAAAACACCACGGGUAAACAGCGAUGGCUUUGAUGUUUUUGAUGACUACUGGACUGAUACAUCUGAGAGUGAUGAUGACUGGUCAGUUAUGAGUUAUGCUUCUCAUAAUGGAGAUAACAUUAAUAGAACCCUGACGUUACAGAAAAAAACUGUAACAAAAAAAAAGCGAAGCUCUCCGUUAAAAGCAAUGCCAACUUUCUCACCACGUUCUGCUAGCACAGUUGGUGGGUCAGCUUCAGUUUCCAACAAUAACAAUCCUGUACAGAAGGAGAAUAUAAUUUUUCCGAGCAGUCCAGCGAAUAUCACUGGUACAAUUUUAAAGGUUCCUUCAGCGCAUGUUGAAAGUCCAAAUACUACUACUACUAUUGUGGAGAAAAGAAGGCUCACGUUUUCCAGAGUAGUCACCGAUGACGAAACUGAGGAUAAUUUACCCACUUGUGAUGCGGAGCAGCAGGGGACAGAAGUAGAAACUGAUGAACAAGUUCUGACUGAAGAUGAGGAUUCCAUGAGAUGUCAAGAGUCACCAGCAAUAAACCAGACUGAUACCAACAUACAUAGAACAUCAAUCUCAACGGCCGCUGAAAGCUACUCACUGGCUCUUCCUCCUUCUCCCAAUAAAAAACGAAAAUCAAUCUUAAAAGUUGCAAAUGCUCCUCAUGAUACACCUGAAGAAUCCUUUUUAAAUCUCUCCCUUCUCAAGAAAGUUGUUUCACCAGUCGUUGCUCAUAAAACACUGUUGGAGAUAGAUGAUGAAUCGGACGCGAGUGAAACUCACGAGUUUGUGAUUUUAAGUGACAAUGAAAGCUUUGAGAUUAGCAAUUCGAGGCAAUCGCAGCAAUCAACUAAAAGUGCCGUAAUGAAUAAAUCGCAUAACAGGAAAGGUGAGCACAAGGCGGUGGGUGAUGCAGACAUCAACAGAGACAGUAAAAAUAACAACCGACAGACCAAUCAGGGGAAUCAAAUUAAAAAAGUCGUUGUUAGAGAACAGUAUGAUGAAAAUGAUGACUCUGAUCAAGAAGUCGUCUUUACUCUGAAAUCAAAAAAGCCUAAAAAGAGAGGUCCUAAAACAAAAAGCACCAACAGGUCAACUGUGCAUCAGAAUAUCAACAACAAUAGUCAAGAUCUUUCGGACAUGGAGGUGGAUGUACCAACUGUUCAUGAAAGCAGUGACUCAGACUACUCUGAAAACAUUGCUAUGGACUCACCAAGACAAUCAAAUAAAAGACCCUUAGUGAAUAAAUCGCAUAACAGGAAAGUUCAGCAGGAGGCAAAUGAUGCAGCCAGCUACGUGGAGAGUAGAAAUAAGGAUAGACAGACCAAACAAAAGAAGAAGCUUACUAGAAAACAGUAUGACGAUGAUGAUGAUGUAUCUGAGCAUGAAGUUAUUUCUCAGAAAUCAAAGAAGUCUGGAACGAGAGGAUCCAAAACAAAAAGGUCAACUGUGGAUCAGAUUAUCAACAACAAUAGUCAAGAUCUUUCGGACAUGGAGGUGGAUGUACCAACUGUUCAUGAAAGCAGUGACUCAGACUACUCUGAAAAUAUUGCUAUGGACUCACCAAGACAAUCAAAUAAAAGACCCUUAGUGAAUAAAUCGCAUAACAGGAAAGUUCAGCAGGAGGCAAAUGAUGCAGCCAGUUACGUGGAGAGUAGAAAUAAGAAUAGACAGACCAAACAAAAGAAGAAGCUUACUAGAAAACAGUAUCAUGAUGAUGAUGUAUCUGAGCAUGAAGUUGUUAUUUCUCAGAAAUCGAAGAAGUCUGGAACGAGAGGAUCCAAAACAAAAAGGUCAACUGUGGAUCAGAACAUUAAUAAUAACAGUCAAGAUCUUUCUGAACCUGAAUCAGAACAUGAUGUACAGUCAAUGCAUGAAAACUUUAUGCACGAGUCUGACUACUCUGAAAACAUUGCAAAAUACUCGCCAAGACGACCAAUUAAAGGAACCUCAAGGAAUAAAUCACGUAAUAAGAAAAUUAGAGAUGAUCUGCAGGUGGAUGAUACAGAUAGCUACAGCGACAGUGACAGUGGAAAUGAUAACAGACAGACUAAACAGAGACAGAAAAAACAGGAUGCAAUUGGUAGAAGGCAUUAUGAUGAGAUAACUUUUUAUGAUGCACCUGUAGCUUCUGAGAAAUUAAAGAAGCAAAAACGGAAGGGUUCCAAAACGAAAGGUCCAAACAAGACAAAUGCACAUCGGAAUAUAAACAACAAUAUUGAGGAAACUGGGGAGGAUGUACAUUCUGAAAUUAUUGCGCUUGCCGCAACUGUUUUGAAGGAGAGUCCAAUGAAGAAAGGUACUGGUGUAGUUGCAGAAAAGAAGAGGCAUUAUGAAGCAGAAAAGCCAAGUGCUUCAUCAGCAGCUGUGAAGAGCAAAAAGAAAGCCACAACUAAAGGGAAGGCGUACAAAGCAAAAACAUCAGAGAAGAAAAAACUGAAUAUCUACAAAGACAGUACAGUGGAUAUUGAAAAUAUUGAAAUUGUAAUCUCGUCUCAGAAUUCUUCCCAAUCUCAGCGAAAUGCGACCACAUCUCAGAAGAAAGGCAAGAUUCAGAAUAGACAAGCUACACCGGCACGUAAAUCCAACAGAACUCGAAUACCACCAGUUGAAUUCUGGGUACUCGACAACAGUCAAUACCAGGGGACAGAUUUGGACGAAAGUACCUCAGAGAAAGCAAAAAAAAAUAAGCAACAACCGAAUCUCAAUGAAGUACACGGUAAAGUGCAAGAAUCAAAUAAAGAUGUAAAGAAAGCCAAGAAGGGUCUGAGUAAUAAGGAAAAGGUGAACGAAUCUGUGCUUGCUAGAAAAGAUGAAUAUGUUAAAAAUAAUUCAAGUACAACAAGAAAGAAGACAUCAAUGGUUGUUAAGAGUUCAGCUACACCGGCACGUAAAUCGAAUAGGUCUCGGAUACCACCCGUUGAAUUCUGGGUACUCAACGAGAGUCAAGGCCAGGAUACAGUGAUGAAGGAAAACACUUUACCAAAGGAACAACAGACUCCUAAAGAAUGGCCUAGCGAAGUACAACGAUCCAAUAAAGCUGCAAAUAAGGCUAAAAAGAAACCGAAGCAGAGUCGAGGCAAAAUGAACAAUGUGACUGAAUUGGAAAAAGUUGAAAAUAAUACAAAUACAGAUCGAAAAAAGACAGAAAAAAAGAAAUCAUCAGUGGGUGAAUAUUCAGAAUCCAGUGAACUGUACAGUAGUCUUCUGCAAGAGUUUGACAGUGUUGUGAAUGAAAAUGAAGAUUCUGCAUCAUCUAGUGGUGAAAACACCUUAGUCAAUACUCAGAAUGAAUCAUUGAAAAGACAAAGAGAUCAGUCUGCUUCUGACAACAGAGACAGUGAUUAUGAGGUCAUGGCAAAAAUUCAGAAAGUGACAAAGAAUGCUACAAAAAGCAAGAAUAAACAACCAAAGAAUAAGAAAGCUUCAUCAAGAACUAAAUCAAAGACAAAUACAAAACAUCCAUUUUCUACUCACUCUGUAAGUGAAACGCCUGCAGGAAAAAAGAUAAUGAAAGUCGAGAAACAAAAAAUAAUUACAGCUUGUAACAAUCCUACACCUGGCACACGGCGAAGUAGACGAAAUAGAGUACCACCAACCCGGUUCUGGAUGUUAGAAAAGCCAAUCUAUGAGAGGCGACAAUCAGGAGGACUUGCCUUGGUCGAUAUCCAGACGCCUUCCACUAAAAUAAGGGUCAAACGAAACAAUAAUAUUCCAAAAAAAGGACACUCCAAGAAAGCUGUGAACAAAAUUCCAGAAUAUACCAGUAAUGUAUUUCAUGACGUGCAGCUUGAUGGGACCUAUGAAGAAAUCAGUGAUGUAAUGAUUCCUGUCAUAGACACCAGUACCAACAGUGUCAUCAAUAUCGAUUGUGUCAGGCCUAGUUUCGCCAUUGACUAUCACGGUCCGACUGGUGAGCCAGCCUGCCCAGACGAUUCCCUGAUCAUCUCUAAAUCAAUAGAUGAAAAGGAUUUUUCUGUUGGUUCCCUCAUUCUGAGGCCAUUACAGUCCAAACCUGCUCAACUUGUUGGACAGUACACAUUGGCUUUCAUUGUAAAGACUGGCCUACUCAAUGUACUGAUUCACGAGACAGAGUUUCUUGUCAGAACUGAUGACCAUUUCUUCGUUCCACCAGGUAAUGCAUAUUCCUUGCAGAAUUUAAAGAAUGAGGAUGCUGAAAUAAUUUUUUUUCUUGUGAAAAAAUAAAAAGUACUUGAUACAUAAUUAUUACUGCCAAUUCAGCUGUCCACUCAUUUGUGUGGGCAGCAUAAUGACUUUUGAUAUCUUCCAGUACGACAACAAGUCUAAGCCCUAUGCCGUAUCCUGCCCAUUCCUUCCUUGGAUGUUUUUAGUCUAGAAUAUUUUAUAACCUAGAAUACCGCAUUGUAAAAAUAAACUGCCAGAUGUAUUUUUUCAAGAUUUUACCUGUACAUGCUUUAUAAUAAUUGGAGUAUUAUAUGCUUAGGAACUCUUCGUAUAUAGAUAGUAAUAUGAUAGUUGUACAAAUUUGUAAUUGAUACAGUGGAAUAGUAUGGUCUCAUUGCCGGAGUAUCAUAGGUAUUGCUGCAAAUGUAUGUUUGCUUCAUUGAAGUUGGAACCAUCUUUCAUCAUAUGUUAUUCCUGUCUACUAAUUGCAGGAAUUGUUGAUCAUGUUAUCGUUUUAUUAGCAUUUAUAUGUUCUUAUUUUAUAACAGUGAUAUGUAUUUUUUUAUUAUACAUCAUUUUUAAAUCUGUAUUAAAGCUUUUUAUAACAUUU